CCCGUGAAUAUCUUUCUAAACAAAUUGGGGAUACGGAUGCUGAAAAUGAAUUAUUAGAGUGUGUUGAUAAAUAUAUAGUCGAUAAAACAACGGAUAAAGUGACUGAGAAACAUAAAGAGGAUGUAGUUACUAACAAAAAAGACGGAUCAUCAUUGCUCACGAAACUUUUUGGUUUUGGAACAGAUAAAAACCGCAAAACGGAUAAAGAACUAGAAAAUAAAAAUGAGUUUGAGGAAAAGAAAAAACCUGGAAAAAUAAAAAACUUCUUUGACAAGCUCGAGAAAGAAGAGGAACCUGAAGCGAAGACAAGAAACGCUCCCACCAUUAGUAAAGACGAUCGUCAAGCAGAUAUUCUUACUGCAACGGACAAUAUGUGUGACAAACAAGUUAAGAAUUGUUAUGAAACAAACCAGUUUCCUAUUCUCGAUAAGCAUAUCGAAGAUAUUAUUUCAGAUGACAAAGAACCAGAUCAAUCAGAAAAAGCAGCUACAUUUGUUACUACUCAAAUAUCUGUUACUCCUGAGACCUGCAAAGAAUGGUC